AUGACUCUCCAGGAGAAGUUCAUCAAAACUUCCAAUGAAAAACUGGCGCAGCGACGCACGUCGUGGACGUUCAUGCGAGCACUACUGUGGAAGAACUGGCUUAUCAAGAAGCGCCAGCCAAUGGCAACUCUGUGUGAAAUCCUCGUCCCCACCUUCUUCAUUCUACUGCUUGGUAUGCUCAAGCUUAUCACGACAACGGUCGACGUGCCGGCCGGUUGGAGUGACGACGCUGACAAUACCGCCGGUACCCGGUACAAUCUGUUCCAACCGACUGGAUUGGACAUCGAAGGUGACGAUAGAGACUCCGUUGGUCGUGUGCCGACCACAGACGGAUCUCUCCAGGACGUGGACUCCUUUCAAAAGGAUAUAGUUACGGACUACUACUCGGUAUACACUGUAACCGGUUUCAUGACACUGCAGACGCUUGCCACUCGCUUCGUGACGUGCAUGCCAGAGUGGAACUCUGCCAACCAGUCGACUACUGGUGUGUGCCAACGUCCACAGACGACAGCGAUGGCCUCACCCGAACUUGAUAACACCCUUCUCGACGUUUUGACUGAAGAUGCCUUGAUACAGGAAGCUCUUAUCGGACUUGGUAUGUCAGGCGACACGUCCAUAUCGACGAUUUUGACGGCGUUGUCGAACAGUACGAAGGAAGCUCUGCUUACACCUCUGCGCCAGGCUCCUCAGUCCAUGUUGGGCGCCACUGUGGCCCCGUUUCCUGUAGACGAUUACACCAGCUCACCGUUCUACGACAACGUUUCAAGUGUAUUCUCAAUUGUUUUUGUGAUGGCGUAUCUGUUCACGAUCUCGCGCAUUCUGGUGGUGCUCAUUCAAGAGAAGGAACUGCGUUUACGAGAGUUCAUGAAGAUCCUCGGUGUUAGCGAAAAGUCUAUCAUCGUAACGUGGUACGUGACAUACACGGCCAUCCUCUUCGUCGGUGCUGUUGUCCAAGCUCUCGCUGGUCUGGCGGGACUCUUCGCCAACAGUUCGAUGUUCGUCACCUUCCUCUUCUUCUUCCUGUUUGGACUGAGUGUGCUGGCGUUGGCCUUCCUCAUCAGUACUCUGUUCAGCAAGGCUCGCGUUGGUGCGUUCGUCGGAAUGGUGGCAUUCUUCGCUAUGUACGCGAUCUCUCAAGGCUUCUCGGAUAGCACAGCUGAAAGCACCAAGAAGAUUGGUUCGAUACUCUCUCCGGUGGCUCUCUCGUUGGGGGUGAAUGUUUUCGCGAAUGCUGAGAAAACGGGAGAAGGAGUGCAAUUUUCGACCAUGGAUACGCUGAGUCACAACUAUAGCAUUAGCGCUGCAAUUGGGAUGUUUGCUUUCGACACGAUUCUGUACACAAUUCUCGGUCUCUACUUUGCAAAGGUUGUGCCCAGGGAGUACGGCACGUCGCUUAAAUGGUAUUUCCCCGUGUCACCGUCGUAUUGGAGAAGUCACAAACAGAGACAGGUGAUCACCGAGAGUCUUCCAGAUGCUCGCCUGGAUACGGUGACGAUAGAAUUGAACCCGGACUUCGAACUGGUCAGCACCGACAUGCGUGAACAAGAGCGCAAUGGCGAAGCCCUUUCAGUCAAGCACCUACGCAAGGUCUUCCAGGUCCCUGGUGGCGAGAAGAUAGCCGUCAAGGGACUUGAUGUCACCAUCUGCUCGUCCGAGACAUUCCCGGCGGUGAUUCUCCUGUUCGUGCUCUUCGGACUCGCCAUCUGUCCGUUCACGUACUGCCUGUCGUUCCUGUUCAAGGAGCACGCGUCCGCACAGACAUACACAAUCGUGCUCAACUUUAUGAUCGGUGUGGUGUUAAUGAUCACGUCCUUCAUCCUGGACACCGUUGACUCGACUUCCGAUGCUAACUCAGUCUUAAAGUUCUUCUGGCGAUUCUCGCCACUGUUCAACCUCGGAAAUGGUCUGCUCAGUAUGGUCACGAACGAUAUUGAUACUAUCCAGUAUAGUGAAGGCACCACAAGUCCAUUCAGCGGAGACGUCAUCGGCUGGGAGUUACUCUAUCUCGCAUUGACCUUGGUUCUCUACAUGAGUCUGGCAGUGUAUCUGGACUACUCGAAGACCUUUGCGAAGGCUAAGGACGACAUUCACGAUCACAAAAACUACGGUGAAAACCAUGAAAUUGAUGAAGAUGUCCAGAAUGAGGCAGAUCGUGUUGCCGCUGGCGACGCAGACGGAGAUGCCGUCAAGCUCGUCGGACUUCGGAAGGUGUAUCCUGGUGGAAAGGUGGCUGUCCGCAAUCUCUCGUUUGGUCUGAAGCGCGGUGAAUGUUUCGGAUUCCUCGGUAUCAACCACCAUGACUGGGCUCAUAGCUAUCUGCCUCGGACCUGA